CAGGAAGUGGGAUUGUGAUGUUGUGACUUCACUUCCUGUCAGUGCCCUCUGUCUCGGGAAUGGAAACUCAGAAGGAAGCUCUGCGCAGGAUCAUCAGCACGUUAGCCAAUAAGAAUAAAGAGCUCCACAACUUCCUGGAAACAGUCGACAACACUCUGACAGGACUGCAGGAGGAGUCAUGCAAGGUGACGUCAGACCUAGAGGCGGAGCUUGAGCAACUCCACUCCGCCCUCAACGAGAAGGGGGAGGAGCUCCGUGAUGCGAUCAAAGAGGAGAGGCACAGGAAGGAGGCGGAGCUUCAGAAGCAACUGACUGAGGGAAAGUUCGCGCUUCUGUCGUGUGAAGAGCUCCUCGAGUUUGCAAAUGAAACACUGACCAUUACCACCGAAGAAGAAUUUCUAAAAGCUGCAAAACAAAUCAAAGAAAGGGUAACGAUGGCUCCGGCAUUUCGGCUGACAACCCGUCCGGCGGUUUCGGGGAACAUGGCGAAAUUCACCGUGGACUUUAGUCCAGAGAGGGAGGGGCUUCAACGACUUCACUUCCUGCCAGUACCCAAACCUCCAGAGAUCGACAUCUCCGGCUGCAUCAUCGGUGACAAUAACAUCACUGUCGCCUGGCGACCGGCAGGUGAUGGUGACGGUGACAGCGUCAGCGGACCAAUCAAAUGCUUCGACCUGGAAUAUCAAAAAACAAACCAUGACAGCUCGCUGAAAGCGGCAGGAGAAGGAUGCUGGGAAAAAAUCUGUGACAUCACAGAGUCUCAGUUCACCAUCUCAGGUGAGCUAGUGACAGCAUCAGUUAUCUGCUACAGCAGAUGUGCGACACCCUCCCCCAAUAAGACGGCAGGAAGUCGAGCUGGCCGGGACAGAUUUGCUGGAGAGUCGUACACAGUUCUGGGUGACCAGGAGAUGACCGAAGGCUGCCACUACUGGGAGCUCCGCCCCCUGGCUGACUGGAAGUCGUUCAGUGUGGGUGUGGCAUAUCAGGCCAGCCUUGGCCGCUUUGACCAAUUAGGUAAGAGUGCUGGCUCUUGGUGUCUUCACGCCAGCCAAUGGCUGCAAACCUCGCUUGCUGCCAAACAUAACAACCGAGCAAAGGCGCUGGAGUGGCCGCUGCCUCAACGAAUUGGAAUCUACUGCAACUACGACAACGGUGAUUUAUCGUUUAUUGACGUUGACCGACUUCGUCUUCUUCAUUCCUUCAAAACAAAGUUCAGUCAGCCUCUCGUCCCUGCCUUCACUGUUUGGUGCGGAGGUAUCACCAUAGCAACAGGCCUGCAGGUCCCGAGCUUCAUGGGAAAUUUCCUCUCCACCAAUCGGAGCCUGAGUGAUCUGUCUCAGUAAAGAAAUUAUUCGUUUUUAGCUUUUAGUCUUUUUUGUUAUUUUUCAUAUUGUCAGUAAUUAAAUUUCUAUUUAUGAAUAAAUAAAUAUAAUUAUAAAAUAUAAUUGAUCUGUGAAUUGUUAUU